GUGACAGUGACAACUGUUUUGUUUUGCAAGUGCGGGGCGUACUAGCGCGUCGUACUUUUUUAUUAAAAAAACAAAACAUUUUAGCGUAUUAAUUUUAAUAAUUGAAUUAAACCAAGUAUAAUGUUAGUUGACGAUCAUUUUUCAGUGUGAAACCAAUCUUAACUGGGGACCUUUUAGCCGGUAACCUAAAAGAAGCGAAGAACGAAAAAUGUCAGAAACAUCUUGUUAUAUUCUCGAUAAUGGGGGCUACUCGGCUAAAGUGGGGUUUUCUAACAUGGAGGCGAAGGUAGUCCCUAACUGCAUUAUGAAAGCGAAGUCGGAAAGACGUCGUCCAUUCAUAGGUUCCCAAAUUGACGACUGCAGAGAUGCAUCAGGCUUGUUUUACAUUCUGCCAUUCCAAAGAGGGUUCCUAAUCAACUGGGAUACUCAGAAAACGGUGUGGGACUACAUGUUUAGCAAGGAAUGCUGUCCCGUGAACUUUAGUGAGACACCUCUUAUCAUAACUGAGCCUCUAUUCAACUUUGCAUCCAUACAAGAGGCUAUGACGGAAAUAUUCUUCGAGGAAUACGAAUGUACGUCGUUGUUGCGCAUAAACGCGACUGAUUUGGCUGAAUACAAGUAUCGGAAGGACCAUAAUAACAAGUGCACCCUUGUAGUGGACUCCGGGUAUAGUUUUACUAACAUAGUUCCCUAUAUUGAUGGGAAAAAAUACCGGGAGGGCAUAAGAAGGAUAGAUGUUGGUGGCAAAGUACUGACGAAUCAUUUGAAAGAGGUAUUGUCGUAUAGACAGCUGAAUGUGAUGGACGAGACUUAUGUUAUAAAUCAGGCGAAGGAGGAUUCAUGUUUUGUGUCGCAAGACUUUUUGGCGGACAUGGAGAUUGCUAAGAAGAAAGGUUCAGAAAACACGAUAGUGAAAGACUACGUCCUACCAGAUUACACGUCCAUCCGCCGCGGGUAUCUACGCGAUAUAGUCAAACCCGACGAGGAUUUGGAACAGCAAACUCUUCGGAUGAACAAUGAGAGAUUUGCCAUACCAGAACUGCUGUUCCACCCAUCAGACGUUGGAAUACCGCAGAUGGGGAUUCCAGAAGCAAUCAUGCAUUCCAUAGCCGCCUGCCCAGAGGAACACACGGAGAGUUUGCUAGAAAACAUCGUCCUUUAUGGAGGAAACGCCAUGUUCCCAGGCUUUAGAGACAGGGUCUACAAUGACGUCAGAUGCCUGGCUCUAGAUCACUUUGAUGUCAAUGUGACGAAGCCAGAUAACCCAAUAACCUACGCUUGGGAAGGUGGCAAGCAAAUCUUCAGAGAUCCUGACUUCUACUCCUUCUGCGUGACUAAAGAAGAAUAUGAUGAGGAGGGCAAGUCGUUGGCGUUUGAACGAUUCGAUAUUUAGCGUCGGAAACGAGCGAGAAAGUCUUCGGAAUAAGACCUCUCGCUCGGUAAAAGUUUGUGGGUGUGCGGACAUUGUGACAGUGCUUCGGCUCAGUGACGGAUAGAUAAUUACUCUCUAAUGAAUAAUGAUGUAUUAAUUAUGAUGAUUGCAAUAUAGACGUAUUUUGUGUA